GUUGACCCUACUGACUGACAGAUUACUAUUUGACUGACAGUCAUCAUCAAUUCAUCACAUAACCUAUAAAAUUGUUGUUGCAACUUUAAAAACAAAUGUUUUUAAAGUUAUUUUGUUUUAUAUUCAUUUAUUUAUGUGAAUUUGAUUUUUUUUACUAUGAAUAAACGGAUUGGUAAUAAAAUAUGGGUGAUACGAUUUUGCCUCAAAGUGGUAUAUCCAAAGUUCAACUAUUACACAUUUCUAGUGUUUCUGGCGAUAAAGUAUAGAAUUUGGUAUCGAAAGACACUUGAGUUAAAGGCCAUGAACAACUAUACUAUAAAAACAAUACCUGAUUAUAUUCAACGCUUACUUAUUAAAGAUUAUGUAGAAUAUAAUCUACCAAUAGUUAUGCAUAGGUGUAUCAUUAUAUCAAGAGAAGAAUUCAUUCAGCUGAGUAGUGAAAACCUUUUUUACGUAGAUAAUGGAGUUUUGUGGCUAGCUUUGAAAUUAACACCAAAAAUCAGAAAGAAGUAUGAGCAUAAAAGAAGUAAUACCAAGUACUUAAACCCAUUUAUAAAAAGCCUUGAUUUCGUUACUUCUGAAAUUCAUAAGAAAUUAUUUAGUGAUCAUACCCAAAACGAAUUGGAAGCCAUCAGGAUAGUUCCAAUCAUAGGGUCUAAGUCUGUGAAAGACAACUCUGCCUUAACAACUGAACAAGAAUACAGGAAUAUAGUGUCAACUUUUGGUCUUGGCAACUAUGAUGAUAUUCAAGUGUCAUUUCAUCCUGUGCCUUCAUUUCAAUGCUCACCAAAAAUUGCAGCAGCAGCAGAAGUGUGCCUUGUAAUUAAUGAAUAUGACUUGUCUAAUGAUUUUAUCAAAGAAGUAUUGAGUAACUAUUUUGAAACGCCUAAACUUCUGAGUGAAAAUGACAUUUUUAGUAUAGAUCUUACACCAAAUAUAACAACCAAAUAUCAUCACAAAUAUUUAGAUUUAGUAGAAACCACAACAAAGCUUUACUUUAAAUGUAAGAAAAUUUCUGAAGGAGAAGACCAACAGAGUGAUAAAGCAUUAAAUGAAAAUGUAAUAAAGCCAUACUUUAUAGUAAAAGGUGUGACCCAGUUAACUUUAGGUGAAAACUUGCACUUAAUCAAACCUAAAGAUGAAUACUUAAGCCCUAAAGUAACAUUCCAUAUGAAUAAUAUGCAUCUACUAAGUCUCUGCCCGACUGGCUUGAAACAGAAAUUUAAUCAAAUGCAAGAAAUUAUUUUACCAUUUUUGACUGGUGAUAUAAAUGAAUUAUCUUCGUUUUUGUCAAGUCCUAUUAUACCUUUGUUAUUGCUGACAGGGUUGACAGGUUCUGGAAGACACACUCUAGUAAAAACUCUUGCUAAAUAUAAUGGUCUGAACUGUAUGCCAGUAGAUUGCAAUGCAUUACAAAGUUCUACAGCCAAACAGACGGAGAGUAAAAUUAACUCAACUAUACAAAAAGCUAAGGCAUCUGCUCCAGUUAUUGUGUCAUUGGACAAUUUUGAGGUAUUUGCAGUAGAUCCAGAAAAUAAUGAGGAUUGUAGAGUAGUGGAAUACUUCAUAAACAUUAUAAUGGAUUUAUAUCAAAACUACACCAAACAUCCAAUAAUUUUUAUAGCUGUAACUCAGAAACAAGACUUAAAACCAAAUGUACUAAGAUUGUUCCUAGAAAAAAUACAUAUACCUCGAUUGAAUGCACAGCAGAGGUAUGAAAUGCUGCAAUGGUUUGCUUCAGUUAUGCAGCUUAGCAUUGAUGGUGUACCAUACAUGUCAAAAAGUAAUGAGUUGAAUGAUGAUAAUAAUGAUACUGUUGUCUUCCUUACUAAAAGUUGUCAAGAUGUCUUACAAAGGGUGGCAGCAAAAACAGAAACUUUCAUGUAUGGUGAUUUAGAUACUCUUCUUCAUUUUGCAAUGAGAGAGUCUUUUUUGAAACAACAAAGCAGUUAUAUCCAGCUGAUGCCUAACCCAGACUUACGAAUUAUCGGAGAAGAGGAUUUUAAUUCAGCUCUUGAGUCAAUUAGAAGCUUACAAAGCCAACAUUUAGAUGCACCUAAAAUUCCUAAAGUGUAUUGGGAAGAUAUUGGAGGCUUAGAAAAAUUAAAGAAAGAAUUAUUAAAAACAAUAGAAUUUCCAAUUAAAUACCCUCACUUAUUUAAAAAUUCCUCACUAAAAAGAUCAGGUAUUUUGUUGUACGGCCCACCAGGUUGUGGUAAGACUUUAGUAGCAAAGGCAGUAAGCACCGAACUCAAUGUAAGCUUCUUGAGUGUAAAAGGCCCUGAGCUGUUAAAUAUGUAUAUUGGACAGUCUGAAGAAAAUGUCAGAAAAGUGUUCGAAUCUGCACGCGCAUCGUCCCCGUGCAUCGUCUUCCUAGACGAGUUGGACGCGCUGGCCCCCCGGCGGGGCGCGGCCGGCGACUCCGGCGGGGCCAGCGACCGCGUCGUCAGCCAACUGUUAGCUGAAGUAGACGGCGUCACUUGCGGGGAAGAUGCCGAUACGUCUAGUUUCGUGUUUAUAAUGGGCGCAACCAACAGGCCCGACUUGCUGGAGCAGUCGUUAUUGCGUCCCGGUAGACUGGACAAGCUCAUUUACGUGGGCCCAUACUGCGGCUUAUACGAGAAAACCUCUGUACUGAAAGCUCUUUGUAGGAAUUACAAGAUAAGGGAGGGAGUGUGCCUGGAAGACAUAGCUGCGGCGUUGCCCGAGCGUUGUACGGGUGCGGACUUGCUCGCUGUAGUAGACUCAGCGCGCGCGGCCGCCAUACGGAGCCUCGUGCGCGACCUGCAAGCCGGGUUAGUGAAAGAGAGCGAGUUUAGCCAAGAUUCUGUGAUACUUGGAGUUUCGGAGCUGUGGCAGGGCGUGGAGUCCUUCCGUCCGUCUGUAACGGAUGAAGAGCUGGCGUAUUAUGAAUCGAUGCAAACAAAAAUGUGAUAAAUAAAAAAAUCUAAAUGUAUGCUGGGACACAUAAUAGAAGCUUAGAUUAAAACAAAAAGGGAAGAUACGAUACGCUCAUACUAGCAUCAAAUAAAAUAUGAUCCGACUCAACUACAUAAGCAACUCUCACACACGCACACAUCUGUAUAAAAACAUUCAAUCGAGCGAGCGAGACAGAACUAUACGCUGCAACGCAGUAUAUAUACGUAUUGCUGUCUUUGAUACAAAAUGGCGAUUACCUACUUAUAUAACUUUCACGACAAACCGUGAUUUUAGUGAAAAAAAUGUUUUUACAGUUUUACAAAUGAAAAGUGUUGCCGAGGCUUUAGUUAUUUGAUUUUGAACUAUUUGUGUUCUUUAUAAAAGCAUCGAAGGCAUUGUUUUAUCUUCAUAACACAGAAUAUACGCAAUAUUGUUAUAUUGAGUGCACAUGUAGCGUGUUUGCAUGUCCAAUUGUGACUAAAGCGAAUUAUGGUCAUGCACCACAAUUUAAGUGGAUCACUUUCAAGCCGCGAGUGCCGUAUCCUACUUUUUGUUUUAAUCUAAGAUUAUAAGUGAAACUUCAACGGUCAAGUGGAACCGCUGCCGCCUCUCAAUGGGAGAUAUAAUCGUCUGCUCCCUUCAGGGGGCAGUAACGCCUUUUCGUGACAGCAAAAUCCAAAUACCCCCCGUCUAUAUAGAAGUUUCACUUCAUUAACAAGCAAAAUACUAUUUCAAAACCAACUUACCAAACAAAUAAGUUGUAUUUCAUUUAUAAAACUGCUAUAUGUUUAUUAUUAUAUAUGUAAAGAACAUUUUACUAGAAAAUAGAUGCGCUUCGGCCGAGGUACCAGGGCUGAAUUCGGACCAGCGUCCUUCACUAUCCGGGUGAAUGCACUGACUUCUAUGUGAUUAAAAAUUUCUUUACAUAUAAAUAGGUUUUAAUAUUAUUGCAGAAAUUAUAUAUAAUUAAGUUAUGUUAAAUAUAUAUAACAUAAUUGAUAUUCAAGAAGCAGCACUGGUAAAAUUUUGUAUUUUUUUAUUAAGUAAAUAGUAAAAACUCUACUUACUGUACCCUCUUACAGUAAGUAGAGUUUUUACUACUCUAACUUAUCGGUUUGUCUAAUUUUUACCUACUUGCAUAAUGUUAUAGUCAAAAGUAAUUACAAUAUUACUUAAUUUAAUGUGCAAUUUAUUUAAUUUUUCUUUGUUGUUAAAUAUGUAAUAUAUCGAUUCUUAUCUAAAGUACCUCAAUUUUUUUUAUUAUACCUAUUUUUGAUUUCAAAUAUCCAAGGGUCAAUUUAUAUUAGCGCAGAGUCGAAGCGCAUCGAAGCGUAAAUCCAAUUAUUAACAUAGCAAAUUCAACCUUAUCUCCACAGCGGACUGCACACAUUACUUCAGAGAUUUAAAAAGACGCGCGCCCAUUCGACCGAAUUCGCGCGUCUGCGCGUGACCAACGCUGAUUGGUGCGCGCGAAUUCGCGAGAAUGCACUUCACUAAUGAACCUACGCGUCAUCAGUCGGAAAUUAGCCUGUGAUUAUAGAUCAACUGGCAAGUGAUGCAAUAGCACUGCUGCUGAUAAAAGCAUAUUCGCGAGAAUACGCGCGCAUUCGUGCAA